AUGUCUUGGGACGACGAAGAUUUCGAUAUUCCAACUUCCUCGAAAAACCAGCCCGUAGCUGCCUCUUGGGACGACGAGUUUGGCGCUGCCGGUGACGAUGAUGGUGCGGUACUAGAGUCGUGGGAUGCUGAAGAGAGCGAAAAGCCUAAGGCUGUUAAAAAAACCCCUGGACCUUCUAAAAAGGAUGACAAAAAGAAGAGCAGUGGCCCGGUACUACUGGAGAUUGACACUGUAGAUGAAAAAACCAGAAAAGAGCUGCUCAAGAAGGCAGAAGUGGAGGCAGACUUGAAGAAUGCUGCUUCUUUGUUCGAAGGCCUUGGUGUCGCUGAUGAGCACCCUAGAGCCAAGGCAUUGCGUCAGGAACAGGAACGGGAAGCACUAUUGCGUCCUGCAAGCUUUACAAAGGACACACCCAUCGAAUCGCACCCAUUGUUUGAUACUGCAGAAACUAAGAAAGAUUUCCAGGAACUAAGAAAGGCUUUGGCUACCGCCAUUACAUCUAUGAACGAGAAAUCGCAACUAAACUACGCCUCUGGUUUGGCCGUGGAUCUUAUUAGAGAUGUGGCCGCGCCUAUGAACAUCGAGUCCAUCAGACAAGCGGUUGCGACGCUGAAUGUUCUCAUGAAGGACAAGGAAAGACAGGAAAGACAGGCCCGUUUGGCUAAGGUCAGAGGUGGUACCGCAACCGGUGGUGCUGGUAAGAAGAAGGCUAAAGCUGCAAAGGCCAACCUCGGUGGUGCUUUCAAGAAAGAUCAAGAGUUCGACCUCGAGAAGGGUGAAUUUGAAGAUUUUGCCGAUGACGACUUCAUGUAA